AUAAUUUCGAGUCCAACACGCACGGGCUCGGCGAGUUGGAUUGCCGCUAUCAUCCCAUCCUCCAUUUCGCGCCCUUGUUUCUCUCUCUUUCUAAUCUCUUCGUCGUCUUCGUCCCCCUCUCGUUACAAACCCUAGGAUCGAACUAGAGAGAGCGAGAAAGAGGAAUAGGAGAGAGAAAGAGAGGGAGACAGAGAUCGGCGAGGAUGAGCGGGAGCGGGGCGAAGAAGGCGGCGGAGGUGGCGACGAAGGCGGGGAAGGCGAUCGACUGGGACGGCAUGGCGAAGCUCCUGGUCUCGGACGAGGCACGCAAGGAGUUCGCCAAUCUCCGCCGCGCCUUCGACGAUGUGAAUCAACAGCUCCAGACCAAGUUUAGCCAGGAACCUCAACCUAUUGACUGGGAUUUUUAUAGAAAAGGGAUUGGCUCGAAAUUGGUUGAUAUGUACAAAGAGGCUUAUGAGAGCAUUGAGAUCCCCAAAUACGUCGACACAGUAACUCCUGAAUACAAGCCCAAGUUUGAUGCUCUUCUGGUGGAGUUAAAAGAAGCAGAACAAAAGUCUCUCAAGGAGUCAGAGAGGUUGGAAAAGGAAAUCGCAGAAGUUCAAGAGAUGAAGAAAAAGAUAAGCACCAUGACAGCCGAAGAGUAUUUUGAGAAGCAUCCUGAGCUCAAGAAGAAGUUUGAUGACGAAAUCCGCAAUGACUACUGGGGUUACUGAAGAGUGAGCUUCUCAAUGCUUCUCUUUCAGAUUUCCAAUAAAAUCUAUCUUUUCUAUGUUUUUUUUAUAAAAAAAUUUGCCAAUGUUUUAGGUUGUUUGCUUGAUUUAUAGCUGCUCACUCCUGGUGCUGUGCACAAUCAUGUGUCAUAACUUAUCCUUUCAUGAUCCCUGUCUAUUAGAUACUCACUUCAUGUGUGUUCUCCUAUGUAGUAAUAAGAGAAAAUUUUCCUCUGCAAACAGUGUGAGUCAACUGUUAAAGCGAUUAGUUUACUUGUUUUUUUAAAUGCCACAAUCUUCUUUUCGGGUUGUUGAAAGGCUAAAAUUGGCCUGUUUAUUUUC